AUGCAGGGCUUUGUCCUCUGUGUCCUCAUAAGCCUGGCAGCAUGCCAGGCUUUGAACUAUGAACCCACGCUGAAUCCUAAGAAGACCUACGAGUUUCGCUAUGAGGGAGCCAUUAAUAUCGGCCGUGGCAUGCCAGACCUGGCAGAAUCUGGCGUGAGACUGACGUGCAAUGCCAAAAUAGUGGGGAUAUCCGCACAGAUGUUCAUGCUGCAGGUGUCCAAUCUCGCCUUUGAGGAGCUCAAUGGCAUCCCUGGGAAGAGCAAUUAUGCGGCUUCCCCAAAACUCAGCCAGAGACUUGCGGCACAGCUCAACAAGCCUCUGAUGUUCGAGUAUGUUAGAGGGCGAGUGGUGGACAUCCAGGCCCCUGCUGGAGUUUCUGAAACCAUUGUCAACAUUGUGAGAGGAAUUCUAGGUUUUCUUCAAGUGACCGUCAAGACCACACAAAAAGUCUAUGAGCUUGAAGAGUUAGGUCUCCAUGGCCUAUGUAAGAGCAGCUAUGUCCUGGAGGAGGAUGACCAUGCCUCUGCGCUCACAGUGACCCAGCUGGUGGAUGUCAGUAGCUGUCGGCAGAAGGCAGAGAUCCUCACUGGAAUGGCCGGAAUGGUCGAGAAUGAGCUCAGCAUGCAGAGGGGUCCAAGGAUCGUGGCCAGCGUGGAAUACAUCUACACCGUCAAAGCGACUCCAGAUGGCGGACUGAUCACCAAAGCCCGUGCUCAGGAGUACCAGCACUUCUCCCCGUUUUCCAUCAAGGGAGGCAACUCCAAAGUGCUCGCAACGAAGUCCAUUGAGCUUCUGAAAGUGAGUGACACUACUGAGAAGCCAGCCAUGCCCACAGCACAGAGCAGAGGCAAUGUGGCCUACAAGUUCGGAGCCGAGCUCAAGCAGAUCCCCAUCCUCAUGAUGAACCUGGAUAACCCAGUCCCCAGGAUUGCAGAGAUGAUCAAGAAGCUGGCGGCAGCCAACAUGUACCAGGUGGACAGCACCACCAGUGAGAGCAUUAUGGAGGUCAUUCAGCUCCUGAGGACCGUUACUCUGCAGGACCUGGAGACUCUGUGGAAGCAGUUUGCAGUGAAUGACGAGCACAGGAGAUGGUUCCUGGACCUGAUCAUUGAAGUCACAGACGAGAGGGUGGUCCAGUUCAUGCUCAACCGAUUCAAGGCUGCAGAUGUGUCUGCAAACGAAGCUGGGCAGACUCUGCUGGUGGCAAUGAACCACUUAACUGUCACUGAAGUAGAAGUAGUAGAGAUGUCAAAGGAGUUCUUGAAGAUUCCUUUCAGCAGGUCCCACCCCAUUCUGUGGAACACAGUUGUUCUGUCAUACGGCUCUCUGGUCUACAAGUUGUGUGCCUAUGUGCAACCCUGUCCAGUCUCAGCAGUUCAGCCCUUGCUGGACAUGGCCAACGAAGGCCUCCUGAAGAACAGUGAGGAGGAUAUGGUUGGUGCCCUGGAGGCCCUUGGAAAUGCAGGCCACCCGGCCAGUGUUAAAACCAUCCUCAAGUUCCUGCCAGGGUUCUCCGUGAAGGCCCAGGAGCUGCCCACCAGGGUCGUGGUCUCCGCAGUCCAGGCUAUGCGCCACAUUGCUACCAGGGAUCCUCACACUGUCCAGGACAUUGCCAUGAGUCUUUUUGUGACAAAGACCCUGCCCACUGAAGUCCGCAUCCAUGCAGCCGUCAUCCUUUUGGAGACCAAGCCUCCUCUGGCUCUCCUCAUGGCUCUCACCUCCUUCCUGCUGGAGGAGAAGGAUCUGGAAGUGGUCAGCUUCACCUUCUCUUUGAUCAAGAGCCUGUCUAAAUCCGUCACCCCAGAAAACCAGCAACUGUCAACAGCUUGUAACAUUGCUGUUAAAAUCCUGGGCCAGAGACUCGGUCGCCUCAGCUUUUACAGCAGCAGGUAUUUGCACCUGGACUGGUUCAGUGAUGACUUAUUACUGGGCACAAGCACUGUGGGACACAUGAUCAAGAACCCCAAUGACAUCAUCCCCAUAUCCGGCAUGAUCAAAGGCAAAUUCCACUUCAUUGGGAGAAUACUGGAGCUGUUAGAGCUCGGUGUGCGUGCCGAAGGACUUAAGGAGUUAUUUUCCGCUGCAAAGCCACAACUCGAUGAUGUCGAAGUCACAGAUUAUGCCGCAAUUAUGAAAAUUCUUUCAGAUGUGAAAGCUCUCCCAAAAGAUAAGCCCCUGCUGACUGCCUACUCAAGGGCUUUUGGUCAAGAAUGGUUCUUCGCUGAUUUGAACAAAGACAUGAUUCAGAGGUUCCUCAAGGCUCUAAGUCCCACUGCAGGGAAGGACAGCCCGGCUUGGAAAAUCAUCCAGGACCUGCAGAGGGGAAUUUCAUGGCACUGGACCAAGCCAUUCCUGGUGCUCGAAACUCGUCGCAUCAUGGCUACAACCCUUGGACUCCCAGUCGAAAUCAGCAAAUACUAUCCCACCGUGACCGCCCUGACAGCCAAUGCCAAGGCCAUUAUUACCCCGCCGCCGAAAGAAAAUCUUGGAGAGCUGCUGUCGUCCGACAUCACUCUCGAAACCGACGGCUUUGCUGGAGUGACGAAGGACCAUUUUGUUUUCCAUGGCAUAAACACUGAGUUCUUCCAGGCUGGCACUCAGCUGAAGAGCAAGACCCCCAUUAACUUACCCUGGAAACUCACCCUGAAAAUGAAUGUGAAGCAGAGGAAGUUUGAGAUAGACAUGACUCCCAUCAAAAAGGUCACAGAGCUGUUUGGCGUGAACUUCAAUGUAUAUGCAGUGUCCAGGAACAUUGAAGAGCCAACUUUGGCUAAAAUGACCCCCAUGAUGGCCAACUCAGCUGUCAAUAACAUACCUCCUCCGUUCCCUAAGGCAGCGCAAGAUGGACUCGAGCUGACUGGAGAGGGUGAGGUGUACAGUCCUCAGUCAAAGUUUUGUUUUGAGGCGAGUCUCUACGGCACUACUCUCUGUGUGGAGGCUGCAGCCAAGAGGACUCACUAUCUUCAGGAGUACCCUCUCUACUACUUCUUGGGAUACACUCAUCUUGCCAUUCAACUCGAACCAGCUCAGACGAAGAAACCAGUUGAGAGCAUCCAGAUUAAAAUUGAUGGCAGCCCAAAAGCAAACAUCCCAAAUCUUCGUCAGAUAAUGGAUAUGAUUCACAAGAACACAAGCAGACCACAAAGAGCAUCUGGUGUACAAGCUGAUCUGUUCUCCAACUCACAGGAGUCUGAAGAUGGCGCGCCAACCCCUGUUGCCUUGCUGAAGGCCUUGGCAUUGGGCGCCGGUGGCAAGGCAGAUGGGUACAGUGCUGCCCUCUACUACAUGCCCACUCCCCUGAGGGAGGACAUGGAGGUCAUUGUCUCCCACUUGGGCGAGGAGGUCAACUGGAAACUAUGUGGAGAUGCUCACCUGAACAAGGCAGAGGAGACGGCAAAGAUGCAUGUAAGAUGGGGAGCAGAGUGCCAGUCUUACGACGUGGCCGUGCUGGCUGCCAAGACAGCCCAGGCCGGAGCGAAACCCGCCAUUUCAGCUAAGGCAAAAUGGGGCAAUUUACCAGCCUCCAUGAUGCUUAUUGGUAAAAGCAUUGAGGAUUACCUUCCUGGCUUGUCCCUCCUCUAUGGCUUUGGCGUGAGACGUGAGGCCAACCCUGCCCACGAGAUCUCCGGCUCUGUUGUAAGGGCAUCGCCUGGCUCUCUUGACCUUGAAGUCAAGACACCAGAGCUGACAGUCUAUCGCCAAGCCAUCCUUCUCCCAGUGGAGAUGAUGGAUAUGCAGAUCAGCAGGAACAUGACAGAGACUCGGCACAAUUAAAUCACCAAUGGCAGAGAACCUGAGAUGAUACCAACACAAGUUCUCGGAUGACAUCAUCUUAAAAAAAAUACCUUCAAGGAAAAUAUGUUAUUGGCUCAGUUACAUUAUGCACCAAAAUGUAUAAUUUGACAUUUAAAAUAUGAUAGACCCAAGUGUUUCAAUUGCUUUUUUUGAUACACAGAGAACAAUAGUGCUUGUUUUAUAUAGAAAAAAACCAUUUUACUACAAUUAUAAUAGCUUUUCGGAAACACCUGCUGUCUCAUUUUGCUGUUUGACCAUGAACACUGAAAACAGAAUAUUAAAUUGACUCCUUAUCUUU